AAACAUUCGGGUCGGUGAUGUGUCGGGCCGAGAGGUUCCAUAGAUUUUGCCUUACCUAACUAAGCUCGACAGCACAGCGGUCAGCAGCGCUGUCUAGUCGAUUCUGUUCAAAGUUCUAUAAUCCCAGUUAGAUUUCGAUGACGGAGCAUAGCUUCGACCAAACAGAAAAGCGAGACACCUUGUUGCAAAACACUCCAACCGAACAUCAUCAACAACAACAAAAAGAAGACGAGGAGUUACGUGGGCUUCUGGUGCCUGAUGUCCGCAAUCUUCCUCUGACUCCUCCCACUGCCGUUGAAUCCAACUUCGUCUCCUAUUUCGCCCCAGAUUUAAUGAAGCCAGGACACGACCAGUACGUUUACCGACACGCGAAUGGACUUUGUGUGAUUGGCUUGGCUCCGGCGCACGUAGCAUUUAAGGAUCAAGGUGGUAUCACGGCCGUCGAUUUCAACGUUGGGAAGUCUGAUCGCAGUGUCAUUAAGGUCACCGGGAAGCGCAAGAAGAAUGCGCAACACUUCGAGCCCAACACAGCUUUGUGUAAAGUUUGCACCAAUGAUGCUUCUUAUAUUGUGAGAUGUUGUGUGAAAGGCUCUUUAUUGGAAGUCAAUGACAGGUUAAUCGAGCAGCCAGGAUUGCUUAAUUCAUUGGCUGAUAGAGAAGGAUACAUUGCCAUUAUCAUGCCAAAACCAGCAGAUUGGCUCAAAAUCAAGGGAUCUUUUCUGGGCCUUGAAGAGUACAGGAAACUGAGAGAAUGUUAGAUCAUUGGAAUGUGCUGUUACAAUAAUGAGCCUUGAGGGGGGAAAAGGAACCGAGUCUGAGAGAAGUGUUGCACCCCAUGGAAGUGCUUGGUUUGGCGUUCCCCCUCAUCAUUUCAUUUGAUGGCCCAUGGUGACGAGGCUGAUGAUAUUAAUGCUGCUGACAUUUAAAUCAUAAUUGGGGAAGCUUUAAUUUUCCUCUUGUUCCUCUGUAUUCUUUUUAAUUAUUUUGUCACGAAAUAAUUAUAUCAUUCUACUCUGAACUCCUUUUGCCGAGGUCUUUGGUCUAGCUGAGGAUCAGUAAUAUUUGUCUUAUUGUCUUGGCUCUUUUAUAUUUUAUGGUCAAGAUUUUGUUUUGUUGGUUCUAAUGUGAA